UUCUCCAGCAGGGGACACUCUGUAGCUGAUGCUCAGGCUUCUGAGCAUCAGCAGUCUCUGGGAAAGAAGAAAAAAAAAAUUCUCCUGAAUCCCAGCUGCUUUCCAACACACAGCUACAUAGCAGUGUAAACCUCAACAGCUAUAUAGAAAAAGCAGGACGCCACUUGUUCUGAACUUGGGGCUCCAGGCAUCCUUCUUUUUUUUGGCCUUUAUGGUACCCAACAGCACCAUGGAAGAGAUGGGACUGCUAAAGGAUGUCUAAAGAUGGAAGGUAUUGAUGGGCAAGGCUUGUUAGGUAUUGCGAAGAUUUUACAGAGAAGUUGUAUACCUUCCCUUGCUGGCUGUAUCGCUCAUUUCACAUUGCCUAUGAAUACCAGGAAUUCCUCACUGCUCUGCUUUGCUUUUCUUUUAUAGGAGACUUCUUUCUUCUAUUCUUUAUUGGAAACCCUAUGAAGACAACAAGGAGAUAAACUUUGCAAUAAAAAAAAAAUACAUAUAUCCUAUAUCCAUACAGCAAAGGGAGGGGGGAGGCUAAGUCUGACAACAGGAUGGUUUGACACAGAGACCUGUAUGGACCAUGAACGAAUAGCUGCCUCCUAAUUAACAGGCGGAAUAAGAAACAUUUUUCUAGAGACGAUCUCUAAGGAAAGGACGCAGGGUGACGGAGGAUGGGGUUCCAACUGAUUAAUCAGCUGAAAGGCAUGAGUUUAACGCUGCUCCUGUUACCCGUACUCACCGUGGUGAUUGUUGUGGGAGCACAGAAAACUUGUCCAAAGAACUGCCGGUGUGAUGGGAAAAUUGUCUAUUGCGAGUCCCAUGCCUUUAAAGACAUUCCUCAGAAUAUUUCAGGUGGCUCCCAGGGAUUGUCUCUACGUUACAACAGCAUCCAAAAGUUGAAGUCUAACCAGUUCUCCGGCCUUAACCAACUAGUCUGGCUUUACCUUGACCACAAUUACAUUAAUUCGGUGGAUGAGGAUGCCUUCCAGGGUAUCAGGCGGCUAAAGGAGCUCAUUCUGAGCUCUAACAAAAUUACUAACCUAGCCAAUACCACUUUUCACCCUGUCCCCAACCUGAGGAAUUUGGAUUUAUCCUACAACAAAAUGCAGGUGCUUCAAUCUGAGCAGUUCAAAGGUCUUCGGAAGCUUUUAAGCCUGCACCUACGGUCCAACUCACUAAAAACAGUGCCAGUUCGGGUUUUUCAGGACUGUCGAAAUAUGGAAUUUUUGGAUGUGGGAUAUAACCGGCUCAGGAGCUUGUCUCGUAAUGCCUUUGCUGGUCUCCUGAAGCUAAAGGAGCUCCACCUGGAACACAAUCAGUUUUCAAAGGUGAACUUUGCCCACUUUCCUCGCCUCUUCAACUUACAUUCUCUUUAUUUGCAGUGGAAUAGGAUUAGAUCUAUCAGUCAAGGAUUAAGUUGGACUUGGAGUGCACUGCACAACCUUGACCUGUCAGGGAAUGACAUACAGAGCAUUGAACCUGGGACCUUCCAAUGCCUCCCUAAUUUGCAGAAGCUUAACCUGGAUUCAAAUAAACUCACCAAUGUCACCCAGGAAACCAUAAAUGCUUGGAUAUCUCUGACCUCUAUAACUCUUUCUGGAAACAUGUGGGAAUGCAGUAAAACUAUUUGCCCUCUGGUGUUCUGGCUCAAGAACUUUAAGGGAAACAAAGAGACCACCAUGAUAUGUGCUGGACCUAAACACAUCCAAGGGGAGAAGGUUAUUGAUGCUGUGGAAACCUACAAUAUCUGCAAUGAGACCCCUGUGUUGGUGACUGAAAGAGCUUAUCAGACAACCAAAGCACCCCCAAAGCCCCAGUUUGUUCCCAAGCCUACUGUCUACAAGUUGGAGAGUGUUCCGCCAACUUUAUACACUCCUAGCCCUUCCUCAGGUCUGCAGACACCCAUGGCUGAACAAGAAUACGAACAUGUUUCUUUCCAUAAAAUCAUAGCUGGAAGUGUGGCCCUUUUCCUAUCUGUGGCCAUGAUUUUACUCGUCAUUUAUGUAUCGUGGAAACGAUAUCCAGCCAGCAUGAAGCAACUGCAACAAAGCUCAAUGAUGAAGAGGAGAAGGAAAAAGGCCAGAGAGUCAGAAAGACAGAUAAGCUCCCCAUUACAGGAGUACUAUGUGGACUACAAACCUUCCAACACAGAACCCAUGGAUGUAUUGGUAAAUGGAUCAGGACCCUGUACAUAUACAAUCUCUGGCUCCCGGGAAUGUGAGAUUCCACGGCACAUGAAGACUCUACCAUUCUAUACCUAUGACCAGCCAAUGGCCGGAUAUUGCCAGACCCACAAGACCCUCCUUGUAAAUAAGGGCUAUGAUGGGACAUCUCGAGAGCAAAGAGAAACCACCAACCUAGAGCUUAGUAGGGACCAGAGCUACAUCUCAACAAUAGCUCGCUCAGCAGCACCUGCCAUAUACAUUGAAAGGAUACCAAACCAAUAACAUCCGGAGUCUUGGAUUGUGACAUUUGGAAGAAGCGCAUAAAGGACCUAUACAGAUUAAAGCUGAUGGGAGCAUCUUGUAAAUGCUAUGUGCUCUCACAAUAAACAAGAGAAAACAAAAUUAGAAUACACUAAGCUAAACAGUUUGAGCAUGGGACCCAUUUCAGUCUUCAGGGCCAUGGAACUUGAAACAAUGAUGUGAGAAAAGCAAGGGGUUUAUCUUGGCUUUAAAGGAUUAUGUAAACCCCACUGGUGUAUAAAAGGAAAAAAAGUAAAUUUAAAUAAAAUAGAACAUAAAACUGGAUCCACCUAAGAGAUUUCUUAACUAGUUUUGGAUCCACUCCAGCUGCAUACGGGAGUUUAUCUGCUUGUACAUUUGGUUUCCUAUUUUCUACACGUUGCAUGGUUCCAAUACAGAUGAACCAAACAUGGGAGACUGUUGGGAUUUUGGGGUUAGGGAAUGCUUAUUGUUUUAUGUUGAAUAACCCAGUGGAUCUCUUUGAACUGUGUUUCUUUCCUGUUUUCCUGUUAGAGAGGUUUGCUUUUUAUAAGACUGCCAGCCACAAGGGGGCAGUGUUUGGGAAAAAACAGCCUCAAUCAUAGUAGCUUUGACGGCUUAGAGUCAUAAAAGAUCUACAGAACAGGCAGGCAUACAGUAUAUAUGGAAUAUUGUUCCCAGAUUGAUUUGGAUUUUAUUGACAAACACAGUCUCAAAUCACAAAAGAAAGUAUCAAUUGUUUUUUUUUAAAUAACAUUAUGAUCAGUUAUAGCUUUUGUGUAGUUUUUAUCAAUAAAAAGUAUAAAAAACAUGA